AUGAGAUUAUCUUUCCUCCUCCUCGCUCUCACCGCAGGCACUGCCGUCCAUGCCUCCUGGUUCAGCGGCAACAGCGGCAACAAUCAGCCAGCAGAAUACACCACUUGGUCCGCUAAAGAGCUGCAAAAUUGGCUCGAUGCCCACAACAUCCCAUACCCUUCUCAGACCCCAUCGCAGGCUGAGCUCCAGUCGGCCGUACAGGCUCACUGGGAUACCGCCUCCUCAUGGUCCGCCGACCAGUACAAAAAGGCCCAGGUUGCGUUUUCCAACCUCAAGGGCGACGCCUUUGACACGUGGGACGAGUCGCGUCUCCGCGAGUUCCUCCUCGAGCAGGGCGUCGUCAACCCCUCGGGCCCGCGCGAGCAGCUCGCCCUCCUCGCCAAGCAGAAGUGGCGCCAGUACUCGUCCGCAGCAAGCGCAUACAGCAAGACGGCGUCCAACAGCGCGAGCUCCCUCUCGAGCUCUGCUUCGAAGCAGGCGAGCACGGCCAUCUAUGGCGACUCGUGGUACCAGGCGUCCAAGUCCGCUACUUCGUUUGCCGCGCAGGCGACUGACAAUGUAGCCCGCACUUUCGACGACUCCAAGGACUACGUCUAUUCGACCUGGGAUGAUAACCGGAUCCGCUCGUGGCUUGAGGAGCAUGGUGUUGUCGAGCCUCCUGCUACUCCCCGCAGCAAGCUUCUUGCGAAGAUGAAGGACGUCUAUGCAGCUGUCACAAACCCUGUUUGGGAAGCCUGGUCGGAUUCCUAUAUGCAUCAGUGGCUCGUUGAUCACAACAUCCUCAAGGACGGGGCUACAAAGCGCCGCGAGGAGCUCGUUCAGUUGAUGCAGGAUUACUACUACGGUGCAAACGACAAGGUCUGGGACACCUGGAACGACUCGCAGAUGAAGGAGUGGCUCGUCCAGCACAACGUCGUCAAGUCGGACGCCCAGCUGAAGCGUGAGAAGAUGCAGAAGCUGAUUGCGGAUAACUACGCACACGCCUACGACACAGCGUGGACCGCCUGUAGGUAUUCAGUACUAUGGAUGCAUCCGUAUCGGUGCUCUACCGCCGGAUGGAUGCAUCCAUACCACGGUACACGGAUGCAUCCCAACGGCACACAGAUGCAUCCAAUAGUAGAAGGAUGCAUCUCCUGUGGGGAACGGAUGCAUGACGGAUGCAUCUAG